AUUGAAUUGUCAUUUGUCAGUUUAACUCAGAAUUAGCUAGUGUGUAGAAGUCGAUGCGGUUAAUUUGUAAAAGAUUUCGUAUUUUAUGUGAAAUAAAGAAAUUAUACUAAAUUAUUUUAUUUUAUUAAACAAGAUACAUUUUAGUGAAUCUCCUUAGUGUUUUAUUUGUGUUAUUAUGAGUGAUUCUAAUGAAAAAAAGCAAGUACGUGUUUGGUGUGAUGGGUGCUAUGACAUGGUCCACUUUGGACAUGCAAAUUCAUUGAGACAGGCGAAAGCAUUAGGUGAUGUGUUGAUAGUGGGUGUUCACACAGAUGAAGAGAUUUCAAAACAUAAAGGGCCACCAGUGUUCACUCAAGAGGAGAGAUACAAAAUGGUGCGAGCCAUAAAAUGGGUGGAUCAGGUGGUCGAAGGUGCACCUUAUGUCACAACUCUUGAAACAUUGGAUAAAUAUCAGUGUGACUUCUGUGUACAUGGAGAUGACAUCACAGUAACAGCAGAAGGAAUUGAUACAUAUCAUUUAGUCAAAAGUGCUGGUAAAUAUAGAGAAGUGUCUAGAACAGCUGGAGUAUCUACAACAGAUCUUGUUGGAAGGAUGCUAUUACUUACCAGAGAGCAUUUCAAGAGAGGUGACAAAGAGUACACUGUAGCUCUGGACCAUUCGUCAAACCUCGGCACAGAUUCCACCGCGCGAUCUCCGUAUACAGGCUGUUCACAAUUCUUGCCGACCACACAGAAGAUUAUACAGUUUAGCAGUGGAUUGUCGCCGAAGCCUACUGACAGGGUGGUAUACGUAGCGGGUGCGUUCGAUCUUUUCCACGUCGGCCAUCUUGACAUUUUGGAAGCCGCACACUCACAAGGAGACUUUUUGAUAGUCGGUCUUCAUACGGACCUAGAAGUGAAUAGAUACAAAGGGUCCAACUACCCCAUAAUGAAUCUACAUGAACGCGUGCUAUCUGUACUCGCGUGCAAGUACGUCCACGAGGUGGUGAUAGGCGCGCCGUACAGCGUGACCGCGGACCUGAUGGACCACUUCAACGUGGACGUGGUGUGUCACGGCGCUACACCGAUAUCGUUCGACGCGGACAAGUCCGACCCGUACGAGGUGCCCAAGGAGAGGGGCUGUUUUAAGAUUUUAAAUUCUGGCAACACAAUGACAACAGAGGACAUAGUGCAGAGGAUAAUACGUCAUCGACUUGAAUUUGAAGAAAGAAACACGAAGAAGGAAAAGAAGGAAAUGGCCGCUAUGAAAGCCAUAGACAAAAAGCCAACUCAAAACGGGGAUUGUAAGACAACGAAAUCUGUAGUAGUAUAAAUAAAUCUAUGGACAUAUAGAUAAUUCUUUAAACUUCUAUCCUGCAAUAUUAAUGUUUGAAAUUCAAUUGUGCUAUUUAAAUGGUUGUAGUUAGAGAUUUCAUUAGAAUACAUAUAAUGAAGUCAGUCAUAUAACUGUGUUGCCAUAAUCAUGGUUGAUGAAAAACUGUUAUUAAUAUCAUAGUUAUUUAUUGGAUUUAGUGAUUAUUUCCGUUAAAUGUUAUACACUUACAUAUUCCUGUAUUAAUAUAAAUGUACAAACAUUAUAUUGAGAAUCAAAUGAAUUCCAGUGUUUUGUUGCUUUUAAAUAUACAAAAUAUACAUUUUAAUAUCGCCUAGGUAGUGGCACGGCCACAUUGAGCCAGUUAACACCAAAAAGUUAUAUAGUUGAGAAUAUUAAUAUAAUGUAACUCAAAAUAUUUUAGAUCCAUGUGCUUUAUUAUUAUUUUCUAUUUCUUUACAAUAAUUUUGUAAAUACUCUAUUAUUCCAUAGAUAAGCUAUUCUUGUCUUGUAAUUAAAUUUAUGGUGUUAUGGCAUUCACUUUAUUUGUGGAUCAGUCAUAUUAAAUUAUGGUGUAGUCAUAUUUAUGUUAUGUUAAUAUUUUAUCCUUAUUUAUAAAUAAUUAAAAUAAAAUAUCAAUAAAUAAA